AAAGUCACUCCUAGCAGAGUACCCAGAUAUAUAUAGGAUUGAAGAUCUCUCAGGUAAGUCUACAUGAAAAGGAUGGUUUCUUGGAGCUUCCACAAAUUUAAAACCAUGAAACAUCUAUUAUUGCUACUAUUGUGUGUUUUUCUAGUUAAGUCCCAAGGUGUCAACGGCAAUGAGGAGGGCCUCUUCGGUGGCCGCGGUCAUCGACCCCUUGACAGGAAGAGAGAAGAGGCUCCCAGCCUGAGGCCUGCCCCACUGCCCAUCAGUGGGGGUGGCUAUCGGGCUCGUCCAGCCAAAGCAGCUGCCAGUCAAAAGAAAGUAGAAAGAAAAGCCCCUGAUGCUGGAGGCUGUCUUCACGCUGACCCAGACCUGGGGGUGUUGUGUCCUACAGGAUGUCAGUUGCAAGAAGCUUUGCUACAACAGGAAAGGCCAAUCAGAAAUAGUGUCGAUGAGUUAAAGAACAGUGUGCAAAUUGUUUCCCAGACCUCCUCUUCUACCUUUCAGUACAUGUAUUUGCUGAAAGACAUGUGGCAAAAGAGGCAGAAGCAAGUAAAAGAUAAUGAAAAUGUAGUAAAUGAGUACUCCUCAGACCUGGAAAAGCACCAAUUAUAUAUAGAUGAGACUGUGAAUAGUAAUAUCCCAACUAAUCUUCGUGUGCUUCGUUCAAUCCUGGAAAACCUGAGAAGCAAAAUACAAAAGUUAGAAUCUGAUGUCUCAGCUCAAAUGGAAUAUUGUCGCACCCCAUGCACUGUCAGUUGCAAUAUUCCUGUGGUGUCUGGCAAAGAAUGUGAGGAAAUUAUCAGGAAAGGUGGUGAAACAUCUGAAAUGUAUCUCAUUCAACCCGACAGUUCUGUCAAACCAUAUAGAGUAUACUGUGAUAUGAACACAGAAAAUGGAGGAUGGACAGUGAUUCAGAACCGUCAAGAUGGUAGCGUUGACUUUGGCAGGAAAUGGAAUCCAUAUAAACAGGGAUUUGGAAAUAUUGCAACCAACACAGAUGGGAAGAAUUACUGUGGCCUACCAGGUGAGUAUUGGCUUGGAAAUGAUAAAAUUAGCCAGCUUACCAGGAUGGGACCCACAGAACUUUUGAUUGAAAUGGAGGACUGGAAAGGAGAUAAAGUAAAGGCUCACUAUGGAGGAUUCACUGUACAGAAUGAGGCCAACAAAUACCAGAUCUCAGUGAACAAAUAUAGAGGAACAGCCGGCAAUGCCCUCAUGGAUGGAGCAUCUCAGCUGAUGGGAGUAAACAGGACCAUGACCAUUCACAAUGGCAUGUUCUUCAGCACAUAUGACAGAGACAAUGACGGCUGGCUAACAGCAGAUCCCAGGAAACAGUGUUCUAAAGAAGAUGGUGGUGGAUGGUGGUAUAAUAGGUGUCACGCAGCCAAUCCAAAUGGCAGAUACUACUGGGGUGGACAAUAUACCUGGGACAUGGCAAAGCAUGGCACAGAUGAUGGUGUAGUAUGGAUGAAUUGGAAGGGGUCAUGGUACUCAAUGAAGAAGAUGAGUAUGAAGAUCAGGCCCUUCUUCCCACAGCAAUAGUCCCCAAUACGUACAUUUUUGCUCUUCUACAUGUGACAACAUUUUUGUACAUUAUGUUAUUGUAAUUUACUUUAAUACAUUAUAUUCCUCUAAAACUCUCAAGCAGAUGUGAGUGUGACUUUUUGAAAAAAGUAUAGGAUAAAUUACAUUAAAAAUAGCACAUUAUUUUCUUUUGUAUUCUUCAUUUCUCUUGCUCACCAAGAGUAUAGUUUUGAGAGUCAGUGUUCAUAAUUUCAAUUCUAGUUGACUGUGAGAAGUUUCAAAUAAGGAAGAGGGAUUUUUUUUAUCCUUGUUGUAGGAAAACCAUGAGGGAAAGGAACAACUGAUGUUUAAAAGUCCACUUUUAAAACUACAUUUAUUUAUGUAGGAUCUGUCAAAGAAAACUUCCAAAAAGAUUAAUUAAUUAAACCAGACUCUGUUGCAAUAA